AACUCGGUGAUCGGCUAACAUGCCGCAUUGAACUAUGGGAAAGCGCGACAUUUAAAUUUUGUUUUGUUUUUUGGGGGCUGUUUUUUAGGACAUGGACCCACAUACCAGCGUGGCGAGGUCGCCUUUCAGCAGUGUCGUCCAGAGAAGAAGAAGUAAGAGCUACAGACAGUCCUACCGCAGCUAUGUUGGGACGAUGUCACACCUCGCCUACACUCCAGGCUUCACCAAGCGGAGGCUGACCACCUGCAGACUCGCUCCCAAACGUUGCAGUACCGCUGAGAUGAACCCGGAGCAGCGGGCCCUGCUGGUGAGGGAGUGGCAGCUGUCCUACGUCACUCCACUUUACCGCUUCCAGCACGGGCACCUGAAGACCUACUCUCGGCAGCUGGCCGCGUUCCUGGUGUCCGAGCGGCAACAGGGCGUGGCGGCGGAGGUGGGCCUGGAGAGCACCCUCAGGGUGACCUUCACGCUGGUGGCCGGAAUGGCGCAGACUGAGGAGGAAGCCGACACCGUCUUCAUCAAGAUCCACUCCAAGACCCCGUUGGCGCCGCCCGACGACCCCCAAAAGGUGCUGUGGAGCGGCUGGCUGACGUGCGUGGGCGGCGACCCCGACUACCUGCGCACCCUGCCGGAGGACUUUGUGUGCCUGCCGCUCUUCUGCAGCGGCGGCACGGAGGGGCUCACUGCGCUGGUCAAGGCCUGGUUCCAGCGGACGUUCGACUGCUGCUUCGGCCGGCUGGAGAUCAACUCUGUGAACCUGCAGUGGCUGGCGGCACUGUGGACCGAUUGCCACGCCCGGACCAGCAUCAAGCAGCUGAAGCUGGUGUGGAGCCUGCCGGCGGAGCCUCCCAUGGAGGUCAUCUACGCGAUGCACGCGCAGGACACUUCGGAGCUGUGGAGGAGCGUUCGGCAGCCGGGGCUGAGGGAGGAGGAGGACGACGGCAGUGUCGGUUUGGAGGAGGUGGCGUGCUUCUUUAAGGGCCUGAAGAGCCACUUCUACAGACACUUCAGGGUGGAGCUGUCGGCCGGGCGGCUGACCCAGGUGUCCACGGCGCUGGGCUCGGCCAAGCACGGCGGCAGGAUCAAGAUCUCCAACAGUAGCUACAUGAUCACCACCCUGACACUACUGACAGAGUGUGCUCUCCUCAAAAUGCCUAUCUGACCUUCUACACCCAUUACCAUUCAAGACCAAGUUGGUUCUUCAGAGCUGACCACUAUCUGGAAUGUUUGCAUCUCUGGAUGAAAACGCUUUUACAUUUUUAACUCACUUUUAUUUAGAAAUUGUAUUUCUUCACCGAUUUUAUUUUUAGAGUCAACAUUAAUAUUUGUCAAUUUGGGGACAUACUUGUACAUAUAGUUUUGGGUCGUGAUAAUUUUUGUGCCGUUUAGGGGCCUUUUAUACUGCUGUUUUAAAUACUUCUAUAAUAAAUGCAGGACGACAACAG